UACCCUAUUACUAUUACUACCAUUUUAAUGGCGCGAAUUCGAAGGUAACACUCUGCUGUACGUGCCGGAAUGGUUCGUGCGAGCGAUUAGCAUUUUCUGUAUAUAAGUCGGUAAUUUGUUUUUUGAUAGUUGUAUAUAUUAAUGACUGGUUUUGUAUAAACUACUGUAAAAAUACAAUAAUUGAAAGAGGCAUCUGGUGAACAAAUCACAGUAAUUGUAAAAUACAAAAAUGUCAUUCCGUGGUCGUGGAUUUGGAAGAGGAGGCGGAGGAGGAGGCGGUGGUGGAUUUAGAGGAAAAGGAGGUGGUUUUCGAGGACGUGGAGGCGGUGGAUUCGAUAGAGGCGGCAGAGGGCACGAUCAAGGACCACCAGAAGAAGUGACUCCACUGGGUCACUUUACAUGGACAGUUCAAGAUGAUCUAGUUGCAAAAGUAGAUAUAGAGCAAGUACCUUUCUUCAAUGCUCCAAUUUAUACAGAAAAUAAACAACAAAUUGGAAAAAUUGAUGAAAUCUUUGGCAAUAUCAGAGAUUACUAUGUCUCUAUAAAACUAUCAGAGAAUAUAAAGGCAUCUAGUUUUCAAACGGAUACACGGUUAUUCAUAGAUCCAGCAAAGUUAUUACCUUUACAAAGAUUUCUUCCUAAACCUCCUGGAUCAGUACAAAAAAGAGGUGGUGGUGGUCGAGGGAUGAAAAGAGGCGGCGGAGGACGCGGAGGUGGCGGACGUGGUGGUGGUGGUGGCCGAGGAGGCGGUAGACCAUCGUUUGGACGUGGUGGUUUUGGAAAUAAGGGUGGUGUUGGAGGCGGCGGCGGUGGUGGUGGAGGCGGUGGCGGCUUCAGAAAUCGUGGUGGAGCAGGAUUUGGAAGAGGUCGCGGAAGAGGAAAAUGGUAGAAGAACGAAGAUUAUAAUAAACUUUUACAUUAAGACAUGAAGUAAUAAUGGUACCUUAAUUUGAUUGAGAGGACUAUAAUGUAAAUACUUUUAAGUCUCAACUGAAAGGAAAUAUAAACAAUAGUUGAUUUAUUUUCAUUGAUACUUAUAGAAUUAUAUUUGUAAUUUGCAUUUUCACAAUUAUUUCACUACUGUAAAUCAUUUCCAUAGUAUGUACAAUUAUUACAUAUGUAUAUCUCCCAAAAAUAAAAUCUGUCAUCUUUUUUACACUUCA